UUGGUCAGCCUCCCUUCCACGGAGUUGGCGCCAUUGAAAGGCUGCGUGCUGUCUUUUGAGUGCUGUCCCAUAAAAUACUUAUUUUCUACCAAUACUAGCCAUUUUACCGUUGCACGAUGGCUGACAAAGACGCUGCAUUUGAUGAUGCUGUGGAGGAAAGAGUGAUCAAUGAGGAGUACAAGAUCUGGAAGAAGAACACCCCUUUUCUUUAUGACUUGGUUAUGACCCACGCGCUGGAGUGGCCCAGUCUCACUGCUCAGUGGCUCCCAGAUGUCACCAGACCGGAGGGAAAGGAUUACAGCGUGCACAGGCUGGUUCUGGGGACGCACACUUCAGAUGAGCAGAACCACCUCGUCAUUGCCAGUGUUCAGCUUCCAAAUGAUGACGCCCAGUUUGAUGCCUCGCAUUAUGACAGUGAAAAAGGAGAAUUCGGAGGUUUUGGAUCUGUAAGUGGGAAGAUUGAGAUUGAAAUCAAGAUCAACCAUGAGGGAGAGGUGAACAGAGCUCGCUACAUGCCUCAGAAUCCUUGCAUCAUUGCAACCAAAACUCCCACAAGUGAUGUGCUGGUCUUUGAUUACACAAAGCAUCCCUCCAAGCCUGACCCUUCUGGUGAAUGUACCCCAGAUCUGCGUCUGAGGGGCCACCAGAAGGAGGGAUAUGGUCUCUCCUGGAACCCCAAUCUCAGUGGAUGCCUUCUCAGUGCUUCUGAUGACCACACCAUAUGCUUGUGGGAUAUCAGCACUGUGCCCAAGGAGGGGAAGAUCGUGGAUGCCAAAACCAUCUUCACAGGCCACACUGCUGUGGUGGAGGACGUUUCGUGGCAUCUGCUCCAUGAAUCACUUUUUGGAUCCGUCGCAGAUGACCAGAAACUCAUGAUUUGGGACACACGGUCAAACAACACCUCCAAACCCAGCCAUGCGGUGGACGCCCACACAGCUGAGGUCAACUGUCUGUCUUUUAAUCCCUACAGUGAGUUCAUUCUGGCUACAGGCUCUGCUGACAAGACUGUGGCUCUUUGGGACCUGAGGAACCUGAAGCUGAAGCUCCACUCCUUUGAAUCUCACAAAGACGAGAUCUUCCAGGUUCAGUGGUCUCCUCAUAAUGAGACCAUCCUGGCCUCCAGCGGAACAGACAGGCGGCUCAACGUUUGGGACCUCAGUAAGAUUGGAGAGGAGCAGUCGCCCGAGGAUGCUGAGGACGGGCCUCCUGAGCUGCUGUUCAUCCACGGAGGACACACGGCUAAGAUCUCCGACUUCUCCUGGAACCCAAACGAACCGUGGGUCAUCUGCUCUGUAUCAGAGGACAACAUCAUGCAAGUGUGGCAGAUGGCUGAAAAUAUCUACAACGAUGAGGACCCAGAGGGUGCAGCAGAUUCUGAGGUGCAGGCAUGAAUCCGGUCCCCAGAGCACCUGCGCUUCACCUGCUUUUGAAAAAUGGAUCAGUUACAAAGUUCUGGACGCCUAAAAUCUUCAUUUUAUAAUACUUUCCAGACAGCCGUGUUCUGUGAUGUUGAAAACACCACCUGUCUUAGUCAGUUUUUCAGAUCUGUUAGUCCUGUAAACUCUAAGCUGACUUGUAUAAAACACCGUCACAGAUGUGUCUGUCUCCAUUCAGGUUUCUGUGCAUAAACAUUUCUAUGAAGGUCCAUUUUUAAAGUGGCUGUACAUACUAUGGCUUUUCCUUUUAAAUGCCUGCUGUUUGUGGUAGAACUUUUCCAAAUCGUGGUGUUACUUCUGUGUAUGUUGCUGCUUUUCCGUUUCCUCUAUGCUCCAUCUUUUGUCUUGUAUUCCUAAGUAUAUUACUAAUAAAAGUAUUUACAGUAACACUGUA